GAGAGACUAGGCGUGGGAAACACCACUCUUUCUUUCUCCAUCAACUUUGCUACUAAUCUCGUCUCCCACUCACUCACAUUCAAACUCAAAAGCCCGCCACCCUCCCUACCCCACCAAACCCAUUAUUCAAAAUCUUCUCUUUUCUCUUUUGCUUUUUCCACUCAUCACCUACACUUGUGUUUUUUUUCCCCAACUUGCUUUCAAAAUUCAAGACCUCUCUUUUUCCUCUCUUUCCUCAAUCAUUAGUUUGUUAGAUGACGAGGCCGAGGGCGUCGUCGUGCUCGUCUCCUUCGUCGUGCGGUGGGCGAAUCGGGUCGCCGGGUUGUUUGUCAAGAAUCCUGCGCCGCAUUCUCUGCUUCAGCAACCUCCCAUUGUGCUCCUUCGAUCAUUUUCAAGCGGAUGAGAGCCCGGGGCCAACUUCUGCCCCGGGCUCUACUCCGGGAGUGGUGGCUCGGCUUAUGGGACUCGACUCGAUCCCACGAGCCGAGGCCCUUGAGCAGAGCUCAGCUGACCAGUUCAAGACAUCGCGUUUGAGGCGCCUGCGGGACAUCCCGCCCUAUCGAGAGCUUCAAGACGACAAUUUCUUCAUUCUAAGCUUUGAAAAGAGGCGCGAAAGUAGGAGAGACAGAGAGAAGCGUAGGAGAGACAGAGACAGAGAGAGAGAGUGUUUGCAGGGGAAGAAUAAAGAGAAUGAGAAUCCAGAGAAUCUGCUUCUUCUCUUGAAUAAUCCCUGCGAAAAAACAGAAAAAUCCAAGAAAAUAAUGGGCAAAAAAUACGCAAUCACGUUCGAAAAUGAGGCUGACUCGGAAAAUUCGAGCCCCAAUUCUGUUCUUGAAUUUGUGGGAUUUUCAGCUGAUCAAGAAUCUGUUUGUUCAGGCGAAGUAUCAAGAUUGGCAAAUUCGAAAACGAGAAGGCCGUUGUCGGAAGAGCUCGAGAGCUGUGGAGAUUCAGUGUCGAACAAGAGAGUCGAGCAAGAAGGCGAAGAGGUCGUAACAUCAAGGCCCAAUCAUGCAGCUGCGGCCAAGUUGGGCGGAAUUGGAAAAUUGGCUGCCGUGGAGACUGUGAGAUCAACUUGGUUGCAUAAUGAGAUAUUGCAAAAUAAGCAGUGUUUAUUGGAGAUUGGUAGAGAUGUUGCAUCGAAUAUAUUUGAUCAUCUCUUGGAAGAGCUAGUAAUUAACAUACAACAAUUUUGACUCUUUGUAACAUAUAUUUCGAGUAUUUGUAAUAUAAUAUAGCAAGAUAAAUACUAGUAGCAUAGUUUACUUUUUAGAAUUA